AUGGAUAAAGAUGAUAGUUUACUAGUAAAGGAAUGGCUUUCUGAAAGAGAAUUCUUGAGACCACUCAUAAGUGACAGUAAUCUACCUCAAUAUGCAUGGGCAACAGACUGUUCUUCACUUUUUAAAAUUAUUAGAUCCAAACUGUCAAUAUUCAAACAAACUGAAAAAGACUAUAAUCAACAAAUCGAUGCAGAAAUGCGAAAGCCAAUACCAACUGCAUAUGAUGCGCAUAUUAAAUAUAAAUAUCGCGUUUUAAAGUAUUUAAUGAUUCUUACUUGCGAAUACUUGAAAGAAGCCAACUCGAUUGAUGAAGAGUUGUUUUCAAAAAUAUACCAAGAAGUCAAAAGUUUUUCAAGAUUUUGUAUUGUUUUUCCUUUUAUCCUUAAAAGACUUAUUUCAGAUGAACAAACAAUCGAAAAGGCUUUGAUAAAUUACACUAUGAAUGUAAAAUAUUCAAGAUCUCAUAGUAUCACAAUGCAAUCAUCCAAGUUAUCAAAAUACGUUCGAACUCUCAACGAAGCAAUAUCUUUAGACCACAUACCAGAAAUUCCCAAGUUCAGCUUCUCUUAUACUUAUCAAAGCUGUGAAUUAAGUUUUGAAAUUUUUAUUUCGACUUUACCAUCGAAGUUCAAAGAGAAUAUUAAGAGCCUUGAGGACAUCAUUAUAAGUGAUAUCAACCAAAUCAACAACUCAGAAUUACCUUUUAUUUUCGAUCCAAACGUUGAUACAAAAGAAAACGUCGACUUUUCGGAACUGAUAGUUACUGUUGUAGAUGUGUUAAGAACAGUAAUGGGUAUAACAAACACAACAAAAUCAAGUCAAAAAAUUUACUCAUUAUUAAUAAGAUACAUCUUUAAUGAUCUUAUUGUAAACGACAAUGACCCAUAUAAGACAAGAAUUAUGGUUGGAUUACCAAAUACAAAGCUAAAAAUUAAAGAUCUUCCAAUCCAAGAGUUUUUCAAGGGCUACAAUCCAGAGAUGUUGAUAACUGAAUUUGUCCAAUGCCAACCAACCCUUGUUAAUGCCAUCGAAGAGAUCGAAUUAACUAUGUUUGAAAUUUCUCCAAUUGAUAUCCUAAUUAGAAUUGACAAAGCUGUUAAAUAUGUUCAGAAGUUCAUUUCUGAUGAUUUAAAGCGUAGAACUGGCACUGUUGAUUCAUUUAUUCCUUUUGAUAACGUUAUUCAGAUCUUUAAUGCGGUUUUUGAUUGUGCAGAAAUGCAUGGAGUAGCAUCUAUUACUUAUUGUAUUGAAAGAUUUACUGUUUGUUCAUUUUUAACAAAUGAUCUUUCAUUUGCUUAUGAUUCUCUAAUCGGUGUCUAUUCAUUAAGAUACCUAUAA